CAGGAGAGAGACAGGCAGCGAGCGGCCGAGAUGUUAGCAGCGUGGCAGCGGGAGCACCUGAAGCACCUGCAGCAGGCGGAGGAGCGGCGCAGGCAGCGCAGCGAGGAGGUGCAGCGCAUGAAAGACGGCAUGCGCCGCCUGCAGCGACACCUCGACCUCCUCAACUCUGGCAGUCCAGGGGGGAGGCGAGGGGGUGGAGAGGGGUUGGCGAGUCCAGGGGUGUUUAGACAGGCGCAGCAGCACCAGCAGCAGCUGCUGCAGCUGAUGCUGGCAGGAGGGAGAGUGAGGGGAGGAGGGGCAGUGGGAGGAGAGGGAGGUGGAGGAGGAGGAGGAGGUGGAGGUGGAGGGGGGUGGGUAGGAGCUGGGGGGAGAGGGGAGGUGGAGGGGGCUGGAUGGCUGGUAGAUCGGGCUUUAGCUCCCCUUCCACCUGCACCAUCUGCUGCUGCAGCUGCUGCUACGACUUUUGCUGCUGCUGCUGCUGCUGCCCAUAAUACAGACCAUCUUCCUCAGUCAGACACAGCAGGUCAACUCCCCCCCACCUCCCUCCUCCCUCCCCCGGCACUCCCCCCCCCCAACCCACACACUCAAGCACUUUCUCCACUCCUUCCUCCUCCCCACACCCUCAUACCCAACCCCUCCCCUCCUACGCCUCCUCCUCCCACUCUCUCCCUCCUUCCUCCUCCCCCUUUUUCCCUCCCCCGCUCUACCCCCCUUCCACCACUGCCUCCCCAGCUGUACCUCCCCCGGCUGGCCCUUCCCCCAUGUUUCCAGGGUUUUCUGACUCUUCCCCCAUGCUCCCCUCUGCGUCUACUGGUCCCUCGUUCAAUACGGUUAUGGGAAGAGCUCGGGCUGCGGCUUUGAGGGCACAGGCCAGCCGGGCAGGGGAGGUAUGGAGGGGAGGAGUGGAAGGAGGAGUUGAGGGGGCAUCAGCAGCUCAUUCACUUUCCUCAACCCAUACUGCAUUGGAACCACCGACAACAUCAGUACCACCGUUAGCAAUAGCAAUACCAUCAGCAUCAGCAGCAGCAGCAACCGCAGCAGCAGGACCAGUGAGGGAAUUGCGUUCUCGUGCGUCUUCCCUCUCCUCCCCUCCCUCUUCUUCUCCUAGCACCACCGCCACCCACCCUCCCAGCACUGCCAGCACCAGUGCUGCUAACAGCCUAUGGAAGCGGGCGGCAGGGGGCCUUGUCGGGCGGCGAAGUGGGCGGCUGAUUCCGACUGGUAUGCAGCAGAUGAUUGGCCAGGGGGUGGCUCAGAUGCAAUCGAUGGUCAUAGCUGGGUUAGAGGAUAUACUAGAUAUGGAUUUGGACGGAGGAGGGGAGAUUGGUGAUGCAGGGUUGAGUGCGGUGGGAAGCAGUGGGGGUGGUGGGCCGAGUAGGCUGGAUUUGAGUGCGGUGGAGAGCGGUGGGGCGAACGUGGCGGGUGUAGGGAGUGGUGGGAUCAGCAGUGCUGAUGGUCUUGGUGCCUUGGGAGGGGGUGGUGUGGGUAUGGAAGAAGGGAGUGUGAGUGCGAGGACAGGCAGGCAACGCAGCAGUAGCUGUCAGUGGCCCGAGGGGUCUCACCUCAUGGUGGGUGAUUCUCAGAGGCUAGAGGGAUCUCAUAGGCUAGAGGGGUCUCAGAGGAUAGAGGGAUCUCAGAGCUACAGGCAGACUAGGUUGAGCAGAGGAUCAGGCAGCGAUGCUGCUGCUGCUGCUGGGUUAAGCAUAGACACGAUAGAGGAAGCCAAGGAGGAAGGCAGAUUGGACGUGGACCAGUCAGGCUCUGAGAUGACGUGGACAGAUCCCAGAUCCGAGUAUGGCAGCCCGGCACGCCACGUCAGCGAUGAGGUGGAUGUGUCAGCAGUCGCCGAUGCUUUGCCAGCUGUACAGGAAGUAGCGUUUAGCCAAUCAGGUGCUGGCUGUGUUCGGAGAGACGGCAUGGUGGAGGAGGGAGGAGCAGUUGGGGUUGGGGAGAUUGAGGAGGAGAGGGACGGAGGUAUGACUGGCGAUGGGGUUGGGGGUCAGGGAGUGGCAUUUGGUGGAGGAACUAGCUGGGGAGGGGGCAGAGAGGGUCGAGGGGAGGAGGGCUUGAGUGCGUCUGAGGCUGCUGCUGCUGCCAUAGCAGCGGGAGGAGGGCUGCAAGGAGCAGCAGCCGCGGCUGCAGCUGCUGUUUUAAGUAGGCAUGGGCAGAGGGGAACAGCAGGAGAGGGAGACUGGUCCGGCGGAAAAGAGGGGGGAAGAAGAGCAGGAGGACGGAGACUGGGCGAAGGAAUGGGAGAAGGGAUGAGAAAAGGGAUGAGAGAAGCAACAGGUGGAACACAUGCAGAAGGCCCUGCCAUUGGUAACACCGUAACCAACGCCACCACCACCACCUCCACCCCCUUCCCCUCCGCCUCCUCCCCCCCCUCCCCAUCCCGCCGUGCCUUCUCCCGCCUGCGCUGGCUGCUCCAGUCAAACAGCGACGUGGUAACCGGCGUCUUCAUGGUUACCGCCUUCUGCUGGAACCUCUCUCUCUCCACGCUCGUCUUCCCCCUCGCCCUCUUCCUGUACGCCCUCGUCUCCAACCCCUCCCCCGGGCCGAGAUUCUGGCGGGCUAUGCUCGUGUACUCCGAGAUUCUGAUUGCCUUGGAGUAUCUGUAUCAGAUCCCGACGCAUGACAGCUGUGCCAGCUGGAUUGAGGGGAAUGGGGCGGGGGGGAGUGGGGGAAAGGGAGGGGGAGGGGGAGGUCGGGGGCCGGCAACAGGGGGAGGUGCUGUCCCCCCUAGUGGAAGAGGAGGAGGGAGCGGGGGAGGGAAAGGAGGGGCGGGGGGGCUUCCUUCAGGGUGGUUUCCAGGGUGGAUUGGUGCUGGUGGUGGUGCAGAGGGGAUGGACCGCCUACUUGCAUUUAUAGGCAUCCGACCGUACCCUAGCUGGUUUGUGUGGAACGUGCUUCCUCUCUUUGCUGUCUACCUAGCCCUGCUGGUCCAAACCUCCAUCCGCUACAGGAACAGCCAGUCCAAGGACUCGAGGGACUCUAAGAAACUUGCUGAACCUGAGGAGGAGGUCAGGUUCGGAAGCUUCCAAGCCUCGGGUGGUGGUUCAGGCCAAGCCGGAUGUGAGGGGGGUGGAAGAGACAGGGGAGAGGGCAGGGGUAGGGAGGCGAGGGGGGCCUGUGCUGAGGAAGGUGGUUUCUGGGGCGGGUUGAAGGGAACUGCGAGGGUGCUUGGUAGACUGGUAGGGGCCAGCCAAGCUGUUCAUGUUCAUGCUUAUGUGGACGAUGCUGCUGACAUGGAUGAUGCUGACGUGGAGGCGUCUUCUCCUCUGCUUAGUGGCAAUCGUGCGUCCACCUUCCCUCAGACAGCUGGCAAUCGCAGCAGCAGCAGCAGUUUUCUACAGAGCAGGUGGAGGAGCAGUAGCAGCAGGAGGAGGGGUGGAGCAGCCCAACAAUACAGCAGCAGCAGGAGCGGCAGCGGCAGCGGCAGCAGGAGCGGCGUUGCUGAUUCACCUCCACCCCAGCCGCUGUCCUUUUUUAAGCGCUUAUGGAUUCGGGGGUCAUGUAGAUUCACUGCAGCUUGGAGGGGAUUAAUUAGGUUCUUAAGAGCUGCUAUGGAGGGGUCGGAAGCGCCGCCCUACUUUGUCCAGGUGGUUCUGUACAACGCGGAUGGGUGGACGGCCAAUCAGAUGAUGCCAGGUGUCAUUGAGAGAGCGUUCAACUACUUGUUGGUGGCUGCGGAUGAUGUCGCAGUGCCUGCUGACGUGGCUGUGCCUGCUGAUGUGGCAGGUGCCGGACCUGCACAGGGAGGAAGAGUAGGAGGGGUCAACACGGCGACCCGCUUGUUUGGGAAUUCCAGAAAGCAUGUGCAUUUUGAGCCGGAAGGAGCAGCGGUGAUGCAUGCAGAGAGGUAUUCCAGGCAAGGUGUUGAGCAGCAGCAGCAGCAGUUUCAACAUGAGACUCAGCAUCGGGCUCAGAAGCAACAGCUAGAGCAGCAGGCGCUUGCUUUGCUUCCGUGCGAGUACCAGCAGUUAGUGCGGGUGCACAGUGUAGACGCUGUAGAGUGUGCCAACACCCUUACUGCUUCCGGUGCUGCCCAUAGCGUGGCCAGCCCUUCAGCUGCCCAUAACAGAGCCGCCACUGGAGCCACAGCCACGCUUGAAACCCCAGCAGCAAGUGCAGCAGAUACAGCCACAGCCACAGCAGCAGCAGCAGCAAUUCCGCAGGGGGCUGCACAUCCUGCUGCUGCCUUUUCUCCAACCGCUGCUGCUGCCGAUGAAAGCACUCACUAUUCCUCGCUCCCUCACUUUCAUCCUCACUCACAGCUCCCUGUUACAGACACUCUGGUAGUGGUGCUUGAGGUGGUAACCAACACCACUGCCGCUGCCUCUGCCUCCCCUCCUACCUCCUCUGAUACCCCCUCCGACUCCCCAGCUUCUCAAUGCACCCCCUCUCAGCCACACACGUGGCAUGACACCUGGCAGUCGCUCACACCAUCUGCUGACGUGGCAAAGAGGCUCGGGAGGUUCCUGAGCGGUGGGGGGAGGCCCGGGAUGGGUGGUGUGGCUGGGGGGGGGGAUGGGGUAAGGGAUGGGGGUGGGCUUGGGGGCGUGGCAGGCAGCAGUAAUAGAAGGAGUGAAGGUGCUAAUGCCAUCUUGGGAAAGGCGUUUGGGUCUCGCUAUGUGGAGCUCGCCUCAAUUGUUGCAGGUGGUCGCAGGGAGCUGGACCUCUACCCCUACGUCUUCUGCAUCGACAUCCUCGCCUUCUUCUACGUGGGGCUCUUCUACCAGUCUGCAGUGCGCGACAGGUCGCCCUUUGAGGAGGUCAUUCACACAGGCGACCAGUUCCCCUACACCUAUGUGGCCGUGCUCAUGACCCAGUUUUUCCUGAUAGUGAUCAACCGGAUUCUCUACCUGGUGUUCAGCGGCCCCCUGCGCGUGCUCUACCACCUGGCCUCCCUCCUCCUACACCUCGGCUACCCCAUGCUGCUCUUCUGGAACGCCAACCUCAUCGCCUCGCACAACACCAUCCGGGCCUACCUGGCGAUCAAAUCCAUCUCCCUCGCGCUCUCAGCGCUCCAGCUGAAGUACGGGCCGCCUGGGCCGGCGUCGAAGGCCUCGCCGUUCCUGACCCGGAGGGCGACGUGGCUGCGGUGGCAGCUGUUUAGAGUGUAUCGCAUGCUGCCGUUCUUGUACGAGCUGCACUUGAUUCUGGACUGGUGGUGCACCAAGACAUCCCUGCCUCUAUACGAUUGGCUCAAGAUGGAGGACAUAUACGCCAGCCUGUACCUCGUGACGUGUGACAGGAAGAUAGCGCGAGCAGGGCACCGGCCGGGGCAGCCGCAGGGGUGGGUGGUGAAGCUGAUGGGGGGAGCCUUCUUCUUCCUCGCUAUAGUCACAGCCAUCUGGGCGCCCAUGCUGAUCUACAGCAGCGGCAACCCAGCCAACUACCCCAACCUGGUGACAGAUGUGCGAAUGAAUCUAGUCCUCCAGACAUGCUCCGGCUCCUUCCCCAUCUUUGAGGGUGGCCAGGAGCGCCUGCUGCUCGACCCCCUGCUCAACCCCGGCCCUGCCACACCCUUUGAGCUGAGAGACGCAGCAGAAAGGAUGCCCUACACAGGGGAUUUGUCAACAUUCAGUGGAAACUUCAUGGAAUAUUCAGGGGUGGACGCUGAUCUGGAUGCUGAGGUGGAUGCUGAGGUGGAUGGUGAGGUGGCAGCUGAGGAAGCUUCUCAAGACGCUGCUCGGCCUGUGCUGGAAGGUUCCUGGAAUCAGGGCUCCUUCAGGGAUGAAGGUCGCUCGCUUGCUGAAAUGGAGCAUCCUUAUACUGAAGCGCCUUAUACUGCAACUGAAUCGCUCCAUAAAGAGUCGCUUUCGCAACAGGAUUCUGUGCUUGUACCCCUUACAAACAUCCCACAGAUGUCACGAAGCAGCAACCAUCUUGGUACAGCUGAUCCCAUGGUGCAACCUCCUCUUCCUCCCCCCUCUCCUCCUCUCCCUCCCUCCUCUCCUCCUCUCCCUACGCCCUCUCCUGCUCUCGCUCCCCCCUCUCCUCCCCUCGCCCCCCCUCGCCUCCCCUCCCUCCCCUCUCUCCUCCUCCCCCUCCCCCCUCUCCUCCUCGCCCACCUCGCCCCCCUUCUUGGAACGUCUCAGACGAUCCUGUGCUGAAUUCCACGGGGUAUUUACCCGUCGAUAUGCGCCUGGUGUGCGUUUACCCCGACUCUUUAUCCCUGUUUCAACUGACGCCCCCUGCUGAGAGCAGGCUAAGAGAAGCACUUAGGAGAGCCGCCACAGGAGGGGGGGGAAGGAGAGGACAGACGGCUAGAGGUUUUGGAGGAGGGAGGAGACGAGCUCUGCCACAGUCACAUUUCUUAAAGCCACACCAAACAAAUUCCUAUCCUUAUCACCCAGCUAAGUACUCUCUCCCAUUCAUCCCCAAAGCCUCCCUCCGUCGCUCCCUCCAAGCCACUUUCCGAACCUCUGUCCAAACUUCCUCCCAAACCUCCUUACAAGCCUCUUCCCGAGCCUCUCUCUCCGGUCCGUGCCCCCCAGCAUGCCCCCCAGACCCCUGUGCGCCGAGCCUCAUAGUCCAGUGGUGGUUCACCCGCCCGCGCCCCAUCCGACUGGAAGUAGCAGCGUGGGAGGAGGAGUAUUCCGGUCUGCCCCCAGCACUUCUUGCUGAAGGCUUACUAAAAAUGCUGGAGGGAAAGAAAGCGGCAGCUGAUGGAGCCAUUGAUGCCGAUACUGGAGGCUCGACGGGCCUGCUGCUGCCAGAGCUCUAUCCGCUCUACUGGAAGCUCCCUGGGUUCGGCAAAGCCAGAGAGCUAGAAGCUGCCAAGGUCCGUUCUGCCUGCUGCCUUCAACUGCAAGAUGACGCCUCUGGCACCAGCAGCAGUGGUGGGAGUGCCAGCAGCAGUCGCUGGUGGGUGCUGCACUGUGCUCCUCUUCCCUCUGAUGCCACUGGUACUCUCGGUGUGUGCUCCUACAACACAUCCACCAACGCCUCUCUCUCUCACGGAAGCACUGGUGGGGGCAGCAGCAGCAGCAGCGGAUGGGGGUGGGGCAGCAGAAGGGGGGAAGCAGGAGAGGAACCACAAGGAGGGGGAGAAAUUGGGGGUGUUGCAAUGAGGGGGAGGGGAUCGGGAGACAGUGGGGGAGUGAAGGCAUUGGAAGCGUGUGGAGAGGCGUCAGGGCCUGCUGCGAUCACAGUGUCGGAAGAAGUGCCGGCUGGCGUUCUAGGCGAGGCGCUGCAGACGUUCAGCAUAACAGGCCUCUACGUCACCUUCGUGCUGGCACUCGGGCGGCUCAUUCGCUCCCAGAGCUCUGAUCUGAGGCUCAAAAUACCCUACGAGAAUCUUCCCUCCUGUGAAAGGUUGAUGGCCAUAUGUGAAGAUUUAUACGCCGCCCGAGCAGAGGGGGAGCUGGAGUUGGAAGAGGGGCUUUAUUGGACUCUGAUAAAGAUUUAUCGUUCGCCACACGUGCUCCUUGAGUACACAAAAGGCGACAAAGCCGAUUGAACAUGAUGACGCCAGCGUGAUAUUACCAAGACAAAAGAUUGUUGUUUCAUGGUCGUAAAUGUCAAGAGACGCUGGGGUUGCCCUUGAGAUCCUCGGAGAAGGGUCACUGGUGCAGUGCAGAGCCUGGGGGAUUAUGGGCGCACUUUGUUAGAUUGUCGAGAGAAUGAUGGACUAAGGGAAAACGUCGAGGGUUACAACAUAGGGCUGUACUAGGGCCUCAGAUUGGUUUUGAGGUAGGUACCCUGAUUGCUCAGGGUCCCCCCUCCCAUGUUUCGCCUGAUUUUUUCAGGGCUCCCCAAAAAAAAAACCGCUGAGUAAUCAGGGUUACUUCAGAAUAUCACGCUGAUGUUACGAAAUUGGGAGAUGGGCUG